UCAGAAAAUUUCAAGGUCUUUUCCAUUAUGGCGACAGGGCAUCCUACAUCGCAGACAUGGAAACUACAACAUGAAGCGAUAUUCGACAAUGGUGGACAGUUAUGACGACAAAUUCGGAAGUGGCAUGUAUGCAGCCAACGGUUACUCACUGUAUCUCAGCCAGUCCACCAUUCUUAGAUGCAUUGAAGAGAUAUGUAAACGACAAAGCGUACACAUGCCGAUCACGAUAGCAGAUUUCGGGACAGCGGAUGGACGGACAUCUCUCAACUUAUUAAACAAUGCCAUUACCACAAUACAGGAGAUGUCCGGGGCGGCCAAACCCGUCAUGAUAUACCACGAAGAUCAAGCAACCAACGACUUCAACUUGCUAUAUCGGGUUAUUGAAGCAACCUUAAUGAUUGAACUUGGUCUCUCCAAUGUCCAGUUAUAUCCCUUGCCCAUACAUGGAAACUACAACAUGAAGCGAUAUUCGACAAUGGUGGACAGUUAUGACGACAAAUUCGGAAGUGGCAUGUAUGCAGCCAACGGUUACUCACUGUAUCUCAGCCAGUCCACCAUUCUUAGAUGCAUUGAAGAGAUAUGUAAACGACAAAGCGUACACAUGCCGAUCACGAUAGCAGAUUUCGGGACAGCGGAUGGACGGACAUCUCUCAACUUAUUAAACAAUGCCAUUACCACAAUACAGGAGAUGUCCGGGGCGGCCAAACCCGUCAUGAUAUACCACGAAGAUCAAGCAACCAACGACUUCAACUUGCUAUAUCGGGUUAUUGAAGGCACAGAAGAUGAAGGACAAGAUAGACUCAAGCUAUCCUCCAGUGUUUUCCAGGCUGCAAUUGGUCGUUCAAUGUACGAAGAAUGUCUUCCAAACAAUUCAGUAGAUCUGGCAUUUUCCUCCAUUGUAGUGCAUAACUUGUCACGAAGACCGUGCCGAAUAGAGGGAGGAACAUUGUCUUGUGAUGGUAAUGAGAAGGAGAAGGCGUUGAUAAAAGAGCAAUCUGCAAAGGACUGGGAAAGAUUUGUCUACCUACGAGGAAAGGAGCUAAGUCCAGGCGGUUAUCUGGUGGUACUGAACUGUGGUGUUGAUAAGACAGGUAAAAAUUUACAUCCAAUAUCGGGUGGAAUGCCUCGACUAGGGAAGCUGCUCAAUACCAUGCUUCAGGAUGGAUUGAUAACACAGGAAGAAUUCCUUGAUGCUAACUUUGAUGUGGAUAUAUACAGGACAGAGGAAGACCACAGCCGUCCAUUUACACAUGGUGGCAUGGCGAAGCAAUUAGGUUUAGAGCUGGUAUCCGUUCGUUCAUUCAUCAAUACAUUGCAACAUCCUACAUUCGAUAUUGUAGAUAAAGAUGCAGCUGCAAAAGCAGAGUAUGCCGAGAGAGUGGUGGCAGGUAUAAAGCCGUGGUUCUAUCACGUGAUCUACAACGGGCUGUCUGAAAAGAGACCACAUGAAGAGAGAAAACAGUUGACUGAUCUCUACUUCGACAGAAUGAGGGCAUUUGCAUAUGACAACCAUGCUGGCGGGACAGAAAUACCAUUGGUGGAAACAGUGGUCAGGAAAAGGCUUUAACAUAUAAAUCAGGGAACUUGGUAUACGAUGCCUAUACCAAUAUUAUUACUAAAAUCAUCAUAACUCAAUAGUUAGUUACAUAUUCUGAUUAUCUAACUAAAACAAGUAUCAACAUAAUAAGCAAGAAAGCCAACUGCACCCUAGGCUUACUGAUGAGGCACUUGAAGAUCUCAAGACUA